UUCAUGCCGCCGCGAGGACUUUUCCCAAAACAUUCUCCUGCUACGUCACUAACCCCCACCCCGCCUCGUGCCACAACGACUUUUGUGAGCUGCAUGAGACGCGCGGCAUCUUGUCUCAGAUAUGUAAACUGUCAGUUAACGUCAGUUGCUAGCUUUGGUUCCGUUCAAAGCGACCCGGUGUGUAGAGAAGAACCGGAGGUUGUGGUUACUUUAACCGGCGGUAACAGAGCACCGUCACGGCUCUGUGUGAGCCUCCCCGGCAGCAGCAGCUCUUUGUAUCUCUGAAUGACUGUGUGUGUGUUGCUGGUUUCUGCACUCCAGCUGCUUACUCCCAUAGCUCCAGGCACUGCUUGAUUCUGGAUCUGUCAAGCGGGAACAGGACAGGCCCAGGCAGAGAGAGAUGAGCUGGGCUGAGGACGAUUGGACGUUGGGGCUGCCUGGACGGGUCCUGCAAAAGGUGAAGGAGUUGCAGGUCAAUCAGGAGCACUUGUCCAGAGAGAACAAGCAGAAACAGCUGCAACUGGACAACAUCCAUACGAGCCUCGAAAAACAGACUUUGAAGUAUGAAGAGGUGCGUGGGGAGCUCCAGUUUGUGCAGAGAGAGCUCCAGGGUGUUCGAGAAGAGGCCAAGGCAGCGGUGAUCAGCAGUGAGCGCCUGACCCAGGAGCUUCAGACCAAGCAGGCCCAAGUAUGCUCUUUGGAGGGCCAGGUAGAUGCUACUCGCACCCUCAACAACAAACUUAACCAGGAGGUCAAAAGGCUGGAGGCAGAGCUGGAGAAGCUGCAGAACAGCAGCAGAUCGGCAGAUACCACUCUGUUUUCUACACCCUGCUGGAAUACAACCUCACCCUGGGAACACAAUGGGAGCAGAAAGGAGGAGAGGACAGGGCAUAAGGAUGAAGGGCAGAACGCGGCGCUUCACAUCCGACGGCUCCAGUUCCCUGAAGUCGGCACAGCCUCGUUACCACGUCAACAACACAAGAACACACCCAACCGCCACCAGUCCGACCAAUCGGACACCUUCUCCACUCCCUCGGCUGCGUUUCCGUGGGAACGGGAUGACUCGAGGCCGGCAGCCAGGAGACUGUCCCCGAGCUCUCCCCAGACGCCCUGCGCUGAUGUCAUCAGUCAGUUGGAGCAGAGGGUUUGUGGGAAGGAGACCGACCACAGGACGGAGUCAGACACAUCUUUAUCAGAAGCGCGGAGUCGUGUCUCUGCUCUGGAGGAGGAGCUGUGUGCGAAGGCCGGGGCGUUGAAGUCUUUUCAGAACGAAAUGGUGCAAAGCAAGAAGGAGAUCACUGCCAAGGAGCGCAGCCUGCAGAAUGCACGCAACGAGCUCAGCCUGGCAGACACACGCAUGGCCCAGGAGAGUGAGCGGGCAUCAGGAGCUGAGCAAAGGCUGAAGCAACUACAAGAGGAGCUAAAGUGUCAGAGGCAAAAUGCAGAGAGCAUCCGACUUCAACACCAACAACGCUCUAAGGAGCUGGAGAAACAACAUCAGAGGGACUUGACGGAGCUUCAGAAGGAGAGGCAGUGUCUGGAGAAGCAGCAACAGCAGGAGGUGAAUAAGCUCAACCAGGAGCUCCAACAGGCCAGGACGCUCCACAAUGCCCUGCAGGCUCAGGCUGACAAGCUGUCUCUACAGAAACAGUCGCUGGACAAAGAGUUGGACUCUCUGAAAGCGAAACUAAAGUGGACGGAGGCACAGCUGCAGGAGAGCCAGAAGAAAGAAGCACAGACACAAGCCAAACUGACGGAAGCGCUGCGUGAGGCAGAGGGUGUGGCAGUGAGUCUGGAGCAGAGCAAGAAGAGAGAGCGAGCUCUGGAAGAGGAGGGGAGGAGACUGGCAGAGGAGCGAGCCGACGCCCUUCGUCUUCUCAAAGAACUGCAGGAGCAAAAAGCUGUUCCAGAACCACCUGUACAGUUUUGCCCUGUUGGACAGAGUUUCUCCCCUCCACCUUCUUACUCUCUUCAUUCUCGACCAUCAACUCACCUCAAGAGGCCCAGUGCCACCACCUUAGACGAGCAGAGGAGGGAAGAGGACUUGGAUAAGAGAAGGGCAGAGAUUGCAGCAUCUUACCCCUCUGACAGAGAGCCAGGCGAAGGCAUCGAUGCGGAACACAUCACUGACCGUAUCUCCCUGGAUUCUGAGUGUUUACAAAGGGGAGGAUACAGAAGAAACAGUAAGGAGGAGGACAACAAAAGUAGAAAUGAGGCGAUGGAAUGUGACAGCUCUGGGACAAACAAGCACUCCACAUUUGAUCAAGCACUCUCUAGUUCCUCUCACUCUGCUGCUGGUACACCCACCAUCACAUCCAUGGAUGUGGAUCAGUGCAGUUUGAAGAUCUCUGCUGAAAACACUCCUUCUCUCAAGGACUCUGAAGACCUCAAGAGGGAGAAUGCCACACUGCGUUCAGAGUUACAGGAUACACGUGAAGAACUGCAGAAACGACUUGAGGACCUUGAAACCCAACGACGGGCAGAGACAGAAGCCAGGACCCGGCUGAAACAACUCAGCAGGAAACGUGCCAGCCAGGCUGCAGAGAAGGACGGGCAGGACAAGGAAUGGAAGACGCAGCUGGAGAGUGAGAAGGCUGAGACGGAGAGGUUGAGGAAGACUAUGGCGGCUUUGGAGACGAAGAUAAAGAGAGGGAUGGAGGAAAGAGAACGGAAGGAGACAGAGGAGCAGGUGGAGGAGAAAAACAAAGCCCUAGAACACCGUGAGAGUGAAAUGAUAGAACUUAAUAUCCUGCUAAAGAAACAGCUGGCGGAGGUGAAAUCCCUGCUGGCUUUAGAACAAGAAGAGAGAAAGAGAGAGGAACAAGAGACAAAGCAAAUGACAAAGACAGACAUAGAUUUAAAGAAGGAGCUGAGCACAAAACUGGAAGAACUUGAAGCUGAAUUGGAAGAACUGAAGCGCAGCAGAGACGAAGACUCACUGGAAGAGGAGAAACUCUCAGUCGCCAACAGCCCACUGACGUACCUGACUCUCCAUGACGAUGAGCUCAACUCCAACAUUGUUCGCUGCAACAACAAGCUCCUUCCUUCGCCAGAGCAGCACCUUCUCUUCUGCCAGUCCACCAACCAACGCAACAUGCUGGUGUCCCAGGCCACAGCUGAUCUCAUGAUCCAGGAUGAGCGCACAGUGAUAGAUCCUGAACACUCACCUCUGUCACAUGAGGAGCAAACUGCCUCUGACCUCGAAGACGACAGACAAAACUAUCUGGCAGGGUCUUCUACGUCAGACCCCCAGAAGGUUGAGCCUGCCUCCUCAGAUUUGGCAAAAGAGGUAGAGCGCCUGCAGAAGGAGAAUACAAAAGAGACAGAACGUGCUAACCAGUACCAGGUUAAACUGGAGGCCCUGCAGAGCCAGGUGACACGUCAGACAAAGCAGCUAACCAUGGCCUUUGAGAAGCAGAGCCAGCACAUCUCUGGUCUUUUAGCUGAGCUGCAAGAGAAGGAGAGCGCCCUCCGCAGCCACGGGAGAAGAACUGCAGCAGUACAAGCAAGCGCUGGAGCCGCUCAAGGCCGAAAAAGAGGGCAAGGAAAAGAAAAGAAGAAACCAAACAGCAAUCGAAGAGGUGGAGAAUGAAGAACAAAAAGAAGAGACAAAAACUGAAGGGUCGGU